AUGGUCGUAUCACAGAGGUUGUCAAAAAAAUUCUUCGACACAGAACACCUGAAAUUGGAACCGGCUUUCAAUGCUUACAAGGCGGCUAACAUCAACAAGUUAGCUAAUCUGAUUAAUAACAAAAAACGUCCCACUUCUAAUCCAAUUGACUCGACCUUCGAAAAUUGGAUUGUGAACUUUAGCAGUACGGAUAUUCCUGUCAAUGUUACCGACGUGCUAAAAAUGGGACCCAAAUAUGGCAUUCCUUUUGAGCCUCACUGCAUCCCAACCAGCAAACUUAUCUCUGAUUUCGAAUCAAAGAUUUCCUUCAUUCCUUCUGAUUCUCGUAAUACGGCCCGCCAAGAUUUUACCAACACUAUAAAAAAGUUCAUCAACACCCCUUCUCCCCUUCACGCGGACAAGAAUAUCCUUCACAAAAUUAAAGAAACUAAGAUCUUUCAAAAUAACAACCAGGACUUACUUUUCUUGAAGGCUGACAAGGGAAACACGACUGUUGUGAUGAACAAACAAAUAGACGAGGAUAAAAUGUUGCAACAACUCUCCAACAACAACUCUUACAAAGUUGUUAGAUACGAUCUCACCUGUACCUUGCAACAAGAAGUCAAAAAACUAACAACGAAUUGGUCUAAAAGCAAACUCAUCUCUGAUCAACUUAGACGUCAAAUUGCAAAAACUGAUUGCCUACCACCUAGAGCCUACGGGCUACCGAAAAUUCACAAACCGGAUACACCGGUAAGAAUUAUAGUUUCGUUCACUGAUAGUCCGACUAUCAAUCUGGCUCGUUUCCUCAGUCAAUGUAUAGGUAACAACAUCGUACCUCCCUUGUCACGUGUAAGAGAUAAUUUUGCUCUGGUUAAUGCUAUUAGGGACUUUCGUCUCCCACCUGAUCAUAUUUUAGUUUCGCUGGGUGUUGUGUCAUUGUUCACAAAUGUUCCACAAGAUCUUGCAAUCAACGCUGUUAAACAGCGCUGGCAUCAGUUGGUGGACAAAAUUCCGGUCCCACUUAACGAACUCUUAAAAGCAUUGCACAUAUGUUUUAAGGCUGCCAUAUUCAAAUUUAAUCAGAACAUAUAUGCUCAAACUUAUGCUAUGUAG